CAUUUCACUUCACCUAGCCGUUUCGAUCUAUUAGGACCGAUCUGAUCAUGUAUUUCAUUCUCACCUAGCUAGCUUUGUUUACACAGCCAUGUCCCACGCCGGGGCCUCCAUCGGCGGCGGCGGCGGCGCUGCUCGCGGCCGCAGCCGCAGCCUCGGGAGCAGCAGCAGAGCCGGCAAUGGCAACGGCGCCGGGGCGUUCGUGAGGGCGGGGGCCGACGGCAACGAGAUGUACGUGCGGGCGGACAAGAUCGACCUCAAGACCCUGGACGUGCAGCUGGAGAAGACGCGGUCGCAGGUGUGGCUGGACCACCAGCGGUCGGCGGCGUCGCCGCGGCCGGAGACGCCGCUGCUCGGGUGGGAGAUCGACCUCCUCGGCAAGCUCGACAUCCAGAACCAGAUCGCGCAUGGCACCUUCGGCGUCGUGUACCGCGGCACCUACGACGGCCACGACGUCGCAGUGAAGGUUCUGGACUGGGGGCAUGAUGGGCAGGACACGGCGGCGAAGCACCGCGAGGCCUUCGAGAAGGAGGUCGCCGUCUGGCAGAAGCUUGACCACCCCAACGUCACUAAGUUCGUGGGCGCGUCGAUGGGGACGUCCCAGCUGAAGAUCCCCAGGAAGCAGGGGUCGACGUCGACCUCCUCCUCCUCCUCCUCUUGCGGCGGUCGCACUGCGCCGAACGAGUGCUGCGUCGUCGUGGUAGAGUUCCAGCACGGCGGCACGCUGAAGACGCUGCUGUACAACCACCGGGACAAGAAGCUUUCCUACAGGAAGGUCGUCCGGCUCGCGCUAGAUCUCGCCAGAGGGCUGAACUACCUGCACUCGAAGAAGAUCAUGCACCGCGACGUGAAGGCGGAGAACAUGCUGCUGGACCGUAAGCGGACGCUGAAGAUCGCCGACUUCGGCGUGGCGCGCGUGGAGGCGCAGAGCUGCGAGGUGACGGGGCAGACGGGCACGCUGGGCUACAUGGCGCCGGAGGUGCUGCAGGGGAAGCCGUACGACCACAAGUGCGACGUGUACAGCUUCGGCAUCCUGCUGUGGGAGACCUACUGCUGCGCCAUGGCCUACCCCAACUACAGCCUCGCCGACAUCUCCUACCACGUCGUCAAGCUGGGCAUCCGGCCGGACAUUCCGAGGUGCUGCCCUCGGCCGAUGGCGGACAUCAUGACGCGGUGCUGGGACGGGAACCCAGACAAUCGGCCGGAGAUGUCGGAGGUGGUGGCGCUGCUGGAGAAGAUCGACACCGGCAGCGGCAAGGGCGGCAUGACGCCCGUCGACGACGUCUCGCAGGGGUGCACCUGCUUCGGCUUCAACCGCAGCGUCGCCUAGCGGCCUAGCCUAGCUCUCUAGCUCGUCAGCUCAGACAUCAGUUAAGUUAAUAAUAAGCUACACCUAAGUAUGCAUGGCCGGCCAUGCAUGCCUCAACUCGUUUGGCCGGCGGGCAUCGAUCGAUCGUCUUAUCUGCAUUACAAUGUCAUCCCCGUCAUUGUGCGGAUGUGCUUGGGGACUUGCGUAACCUGUAAUUUGUCAUGUGUUUUGUGUGGUCUGACAUGGAAUCUGUGUUGGCAUCACAAUGAUGAUCUUCAAGGCUGCCUCUGCAAUUUUAA